UUAAGUGCUGAUUACCAUUUAUUUCAGAAGCGAAUGGUAAUAGGAAACAUGACAACGCGAUAUUAACCAUAUGCCAAGGUUAAGUUUUGUCGUAACCUACUUACAGUGUACAGCGUAGCAGAGACGAAAGUACUGUUAGUGACACCUGUUAUGAUAAUGAAGAUUCCAACAAACAAUGGAUUCUAUGGAUAUGAUUCCUCAGUGUCAUAUUUGUCCGAUGGCUCAGACAUCGGAAAUGUAGAAGACAUGGAAUCACCAUCUCAUGAUGGAGAUUUUUCUGAAUACCUUUGGAUGGAAAAUGAGGAAGAGUUUGAUAAACAAGUUAUGCAGCAACUGGAGGAAGAAGAGCUAAUGGAACAAUGUAUUGAGGCAAUGCUAGAAGAUGAACGAGAAAUAAGAAACAUCCGGAAUCAGAUGGCAUCUACCAAUGGAGGCUCAAGUGAUGCAACUGCACCACCUCGACAAGCCUGGAGCACUAAUGAUGAUGUAACAAACCACAUUUCUCAAUCACUGGAGGGUCUGAGUGUUCAAGAUGAUUUGGCCAAACAGAGCACACUCAACCCCAAUGCGGCAGAGUUUGUUCCACAGCAGAAAGCAUCAGAGAGCAGCGGGUCAGGAAAUGUGGAUCGCUCAACGACAUCUUAGAAGUUACGCAGAGGUCUGCAUUUUCUUUGAUGCCAAGCUACAUUUCAUUUGGUAGGCUGUGAGGCAAUGGAGUCCCUGUGAAUGAACUUUGUUAGUCACUGAAUAUUCCACUCUGCUUCAGAGUGGGUAUUUGGAUGUGAUUUUGAGAAUGAAUGUGAUAUAUAAAAAAUGUCAAGAAUGCAGUAUUUUAACGGUUGUAGAGUUUCAUACGCAUUUGUCAAAUGAAUGCUGAGAUAUACUUAAAUCAUUUUUCCGCUGUGCAUUGGAACUUUAUUUUUCUCUUCUUUAAAUGUCUUUGGGUGUUUACAGUUUACUUAA